AUGCAUCUCAAUGCGCCUCUUUCGUCCCUUACUUCUGCAUCCGCCCUCCUCUUCACCUACGCCCAAGCUACAUACCUGCACAAUGACUUGAGUUUUGGUCACAACAAUGACAGAAUAUCUCCCAACUCCGACUCCAUCCCCAACUGGCAACUCCUAGGGAAGCCCUCACCCCCCGAAAUCCUCUCCAACAAGCUCGUCCUCACACCCCCUGCGCCCGGUAACCAGCGCAGCGCUGUUUGGGCCGAGAAACCCCUCGAACAUCAAUUCUGGACCGUUGAUCUGGACUUUAGAGCGACAGGCCCGGAGAGAGGGGGCGGCAAUCUGCAAAUUUGGUAUGUGAAGGAUGGCAAGAGCAAGGUGGGCGCAAGCAGUAUCUACACGGCCCAGAAGUUCGACGGGCUGGCAUUGGUGGUAGAUCAGUAUUCCGGAUCUGGCGGUAUCAUUCGAGGGUUCCUUAACGACGGCACCACAGACUUCAGCCACCACCACAACGUCGACGGCAUGGCCUUCGGCCAUUGCCCGUACUCCUAUCGCAAUCUUGGGCGUCCCUCGCGCAUCACGAUCCAGCAAUCGUCCAAGAGUUUCACAGUCUCCGUCGACGGCAAGGCGUGCUUCGAGUCCGACAAGGUGAAACUCCCGACUGGCAACGACUUCGGCAUCACAGCCGCCUCGGCCGAGCACGCGGACUCCUUCGAAAUCUUCAAGUUUGUCACCACUACAGAGACCCAUACCCCGGAAGUCGUAAAAUCAAGCGACCAGAAAGUCCUGGCAAGCGACGACAAGCCCGCUGCAGCUGCGCCCGCAGGCGACAUCCCCACAUUCGACUACCCGCCCGACGCACCCGCGAGCCAAUUCGCCUCCUCGGCCGAGCAAUUCGCCGACCUGCAUAACCGGCUUCAGAGCAUGAUGAAGCACAUCACCACAAGUAACGCCGCCGCUAUGCAAUGGCAGAUCGAGACCGCCAAGAGCCUCUCCAACCUCGCUGAUCGCGUCUCCGAAUCGCUGUCCCGUUUGGAGUCCUCCUUGGCCGAGCUGCAUACGCUCAGCGAUCAUCUGGAUCUCGUGCGAGAGGAUGUGAAGCAAACGAAGGAGGAGCUGCACAGUAGUCUGGAGCAAGGGGUGAGCACCCUGAAAUAUCAGUCGGCGUCAUCGCAUUUCGAUAUGGAAAGGCAUGUGGAGUUGACGGCAGCCAAGGGCUUGGGUCUGUGGGGGAUGCUGGGCGUGGUGGGCGGCAGCAAUGCGGUGUUGGCUGCUGCUUACGCGUUGUACAAAAGGAAGAAGGGGAAUAGUCAUAUGAAGUAUCUGUGA